UAUUUUUAAAGAUUAUGUAGCAAUGCCUACGAAUAGAUGUCGCUUGUAUUUCUAUUCGUUCGUUUUUGCUAUUUCUGUGUUGAAUGUGUUAUUAGAGAAGUGACUUCUGGCGUGACUUUUUCCCAUAAGUCAUUGCAGUAUUGAAUCGUUUCUGGAUUUAAAUAAACCCAAGGCCAAAGUUUCUCAGUAUCGUUAGAGUUUUGCUCUGACCACAUCAAGGGUUCCAUUUCUUCCUCGUAACUUGACUUAAACAAGAAACCCAACUAGAAUGUAGUCCUAUAUUAUCCAAAGUUCGCCCUUAGUGGCGCGAUGGAGAUGGAUCCAGUGGUAAAAGCAAAGCAUCUUAUUCUUCAAUGUAGAGGUUACAAUAGGCUAAAGAAGCAUACUGCUGCUAUCAAGAAGGGAAUCGAAUGUAUUGAAAUUGCAGAUCAACUGAGUCAACCCGAUCAAGACCUAAUUAAGAUGGAAGCUGCUCUGGAAGUUUGGCGUGCACAAGAAAUACUCCAACAAGAUGACGAUGCUACCAUUUUUCAAGGGAAGUACGUUGAAUUUGUCAAGCACUACGCAAGCAGGUUGCCUGAGGACGAUCAGUACAAGACAUGGAUUCGAUUCAUUGUGAGCAACCAAACCAAUCUUCCAGUUCCAGCCGCGUCGUUUUUGCUGGAAAAAGCGAAAGGUUUAGAAUUUGUUAAACAGAAAAACUAUAAAAGUUCUAUCCUACACAAUGCUCGGGCAGCUGAAUUCGCAAAAGAAGGAAAUAAGCAUCUGCUUAUAACGACCUUCAAAGAUUUGGUUUUUUUACAUAUUGAAUUAAAAGAAUACACCGAAGCAACACAGUAUUCAGACAAAAUCAUAGAAGUAGCCAAAGAUAUCAAUUCCAAGAAAGAGGAAUACCGUGGAUAUAUAUUAAAAGGUGCGAUCUAUGGAAUGUACAUGGGUGAAUACCAAUCCUCCUUGUUAGCUUUUAAUGAAGCUUUGCGAAUCUCGAACGAUUGCAUUGAAAUCUCGAGCCGUGCAUCUUUUUACCUGGAAAGAGUACAGAGUUUUAAUUAUUACAUGAAGAACGAUCUACAAGCUGCAGUUUUGCAUGCGAGGAAAGCAGUUGAACUUUUCACACUAGAAAACAAAUAUCCACUCUUAGAUAUUUUACAAGAUUUGGCUGUAUGGCAUUUUGACCUAAAGAAUUUCUGUGAAGCAAUACAAUAUUCAGACAAAGUCAUAGAAGUAGCCAAAGAUAUCAAUGACAAGGGAUGGGAAUCCCGUGGAUAUAAACUAAAAGGUGGCAUUGAACUCGCGACCUUUGCAUUUGUUGCCCUUGAAAUAGAACGAAGUAUGGAUUUUUCCAAAAAGGACGAUCUACAAGCUGCAGUUUUGCAUUCGAGGAAAGCAGCUGAAAGUAAAUAUCCACUCUUGGAUAUUUUAAAUAAUUUGGCUGAUUUGCAUUCAAACCUAAAGAAUUACUCUGAAGAAAUACAAUAUUCAGAAAAGGUCAUAGAAGUAGCCAAAGGUAUCAAUGACAAAGGAUGUGAAUCCCAUGGAUAUUUAAUGAAAGGUGUGUUCUAUGGAAUCUAUAUGGGUGAAUACCAAUCGUCCUUUACAGCUUUGAAGGAAGCUUUACGAAUCUCUAACGAGAACGAUUGCAUUGAAAUCGCCAGCCUUGCAUCUUUUUACCUUGAAAGAGUACAAAGUUUGGAUUUUUCCAAGAAGAACAAUACAGAGGCUGCAAUUUUGCAUGCGAAGAAAGCAGUUGAAUUCGUUAAAGAAGAAAACAAAUAUUUACUCUUGGAUACUUUAAAGAUUUUGGCUGAUUUGCAUUUAAACCUAAAGAAUUACUCUGAAGCAAUACAAUAUUCAGAAAAGGUCAUAGAAGUAGCCAAAGGUAUCAAUGACAAAGGACGGGAAUCCCAUGGAUAUUUAAUGAAAGGUGUGUUCUAUGGAAUCUAUAUGGGUGAAUACCAAUCGUCCUUGACAGCUUUGAAGGAAGCUUUACGAAUCUCUAACGAGAACGAUUGCAUUGAAAUUGCCAGCUUUGCAUCUUUUUACCUGGAAAGAGUACAAAGUUUGGAUUCUUCCAAGAAGAACGAUCUACAAGCUGCAGUUUUGCAUGCGAGGAAAGCAGUUGAACUUUUCACAGUAGAAAACAAAUAUCCACUCUUAGAUACUUUAAAGGAUUUGGUUGAUUUGCAUUUAAACGUAAAGAAUUACCCUGAAGCAAUACAAUAUUCAGAAAAGGUCAUAGAAGUAGCCAAAGGUAUUAAUGACAAAGGAUGGGAAUCCCAUGGAUAUAUGAUGAAAGGCGACGCUUAUGGACAUUCAGGUGACUUCGAUUCUUGCUGCUUAGCUCUGAAUAAAGCAUUUAGUAUCUCCAAACAAAGCAAUGAUGAUAAAGAGGUUAUUAGAAACCAUUUUAUGGCUAGAAAUAUUGCCAACAAGAAAGGCAUAAAAUAUUUUGCUUUAAAUAGCGAAAAAGUUGUUCAAUAUUUGCAACAUGAGAACAAGUCCCUGCUAAUGGAGACUUUGGAAGAUUUGAUUCCUUUGUAUUGUGAAUUAAAUCAGUACUCGGAGGCACUGCAACUUGCAGACAAUAUCCUAAAAUUAGCCAGUGAUGAUACCCAGGAUGAAUGUUGGAAUUUCAAAGGCUACUUCAAGAGAGGUGUCGUCUACCUACAUUUGGGUGAUCACGCUGCAGCUUUGUUAUCCUUUGAGGAGGCCCUUCGAAACGCCAAGAAAAGCAAAAUCUGCGAAUUGGAAUUGAAUCAGGUGUUCUCACUUCAAGAGGUUUGUCAAUUUCAUCUUAAGCAAUAUCAAGAGUAUCCGAAAAAUUGUGAAAACUUACCACCACUGGGUCACUUAACUAUUUUAACAGAAGUGUUACAGGUACUUGGUGAUGAGUUAUUAAACGAAGAAUUAGAUUUAAGUUCAAGUUGUGAACUGAUGGACGAAUUACUAUUACUGGAAAAAGACGACCAGUUUGACUUAAACGGUUUUAUUAGGGAGAUUGUUGAAUUGUGGAAAGAUCCGCAUUCAAUCUUUAUUUGUUGGUGCUUAUUAUCGUCAUUGGACAUGUCUAUUUACAAUAAAGUCCUGCAAUCACCCAUGUUGUUGACAUUUUAUCUAAAAAUUGCACCAGAUGAAAUGAAGAUGUUACUCGAGAAUACAAAUGGCAUAACGAAUCUGUUUGAGAACAUUUGUUCUGCAAUUACUAGUCAAAAGAACCAAUACUGCCAAGAUGUGAGCCUUCCUCUACUAUUAACGCUCAAUCUUUUGCUCUCUAAUUUUUCACUUGAACAAAUUGAAAUGUGUGAGAAGCUCCAGACAUUAUCACUAACAACUCUAGAAGGCACAGUCAGAAGCUUGACAAAUGAAGACCAUAAGAUAUCACUCAUACAACAGUAUGUUGGUACUUACAAGGCUAGGUUCAAACUACUCAUUGAAAGGAAACGCUAUGGCGAUGCAUUGUGGGUAGCCGAACGCUGCCGUGCAAAAGAGCUGAAAUUCCAACUUCUCCAUAGAGAAAUCGAAGAGAAAGAUAUCAAUUAUUCUGAUAUUGAAUCUUACAUAUUGGACAGGAAAUGUGCAAUUAUAUUCUAUAUCUGGUGUUUUAAGGAUUUAUUUAUCUAUUCAAUACAAAAAGGGAAAAGUGACCAAGGCAAAGAUAAAGCAGUUUUAAAAUUGCACUGCCAAAUAAAAAGUAAAACGCAUUUGGACUCACUGAUCAGAGACGUUUGGAGUCAAAUGAGCAGAUGUUCAAUGCAGCAACAGCCACCUGUAUCAAGAACCGCCGACAACGAGGAUGAUAAACACGAAGUCUAUUGUUGCUCCAUGGUGAGGGCCGGUCCACCAUCAGAAAAUGACUGUCAAAACUUCUCUGAUGUCAAUUCUGAAGAAGAUUCCGUAGAAAAUCCAUAUCAAGAACUCUACGAGCUGCUGAUUCAAACAUUGGGCGAUAUAAAAGCAGAAGAGCUAGUUAUUAUUCCCGAAGGGUUAUUGUACUUGUUGCCCUUUCCAGCUCUCCAACACCCAACGACGAAGCGCUUUCUUUCCCAGGAUAAAAAGCUGAGAUCAUCUCCAUCUAUGACAACUUUACUGUCCCACCAGACCUUCCCUGAAAACUACUACGCUCGUUCGGGUUCCCUAAUCAUCGGGAAUCCGAUUGUCGAUCAGAUUGAAGGCAUGGAACCCUUGCCAGGAGCCAAAAAAGAAGCAGAAGCAAUUGCCCGCAUCAUUGACGGUGUUAUGCCAUUAAUUGGUCCAAGAGCUACUAAAUCAGCUGUUCUGGAAAGGCUAUUUGAUGUCUGUAUUGCUCAUUUUGCAUGCCACAUCAAACUCGACCCAUCUGCCAUCGUCCUUUCUCCUGAAGGAUCGCCUCAACAAGGUGAUGAUGACUCCUAUCUUCUCAAGCCGGAGGAUAUCAUGGAAAAAGACAUACAUGCUCGUUUAGUGGUGUUAAGUGGAUGUAACAGUGGGCUAGGCAAGAUCUGUGCCGAAGGAGUGGUCGGCAUCGCUCGUGCAUUCCUAGCUGCAGGAGCUGCAGCAGUAUUGGUUUCUCUGUGGAGGGUUAAUGACUACAGCACAUGUGAGUUCAUGACGAUCUUCUACACCUACUUCUUGGACUGGGAUGUAAGGAGAAGCGCUAGUGAGAGCCUUCACCUCACAAUCAGUUAUAUGAGAGCAAAGUACCCACACGAACCAAUGAAAUGGAGCGGUUUUUACCUCAUGGGUGACGAUGUCACAAUUGACCGAGAAAGCCUCUCUGUGCUUCGAACACAAAGAGAACCACCAGCCUCUCGUAGUCGUGAGCCAUGUGAGUGUGACGAAUAGGCAAAAGCCUACGUUCAUGCUUUCCUUGCGGAACUGAGGUGACGAAUUACUGAAYUAAAGGCUUCUAAAGCAACAACAGACACUACAGAACAAUAGAUGUCAGUUAAAAUGACMAUUGCWWGUGGUCAAUCAGGGACUGGUAUWKUUUGGGUGAAAAAUAAAUGAUUUCUAGUAUCUAAGGCAAUAGUCUCCAAGGUUCCCUGCGCCAUCUUGAAAGGUAGCCGUGCCUUUGCAUCAAAGGGAGACGACCUUUCAGGAGCGUGAUACYGAUAAUAAUCGUCUGUAUAGGUGUKAAUGAAGAUUUUCUUUGAUUGCACACCCGGCGGCCGUCUCGCUUUGAUGCUAAGCCGAGGCUACCUUUCAAGAUGGCGCAGGCAACCAUGAAUUAUCGAAACAUGUAUACUGCAUAUAUUGGCAGAAUUAGAUAACUGAGCUUUAGUGUUGCUCGCCUUAUGACAUGGAAUCCAAUAACAUUUUAGCUCUGAAUCCGGAAUCSGCGAAAAUGGAAAUGAAAUCUUAUCAAACAAGAAUACGGAAUCACAAUUAAGCAAAUUCAAUGUUUUCCUGUUCUAAACGAGUCACUGACGACAAAAAAAGCGGGGAUUAUUUGUAUUCAAUCAAUAUCGUGAAAUCCAGUAUUCUUGAGGAAUUCCAGGAGCCUGGAAACCGGAAUCCAGUUGCUUGGAAUCCCAAAUUAAGGAACGCUCCGUGUUCCGUGUAAAAGGCGAUAUCUAUGCAUAGAACUUGUUGGUAGAAACAAAAAGAUUUAAAAAAAA